AUGCGCAGGCGAGCAGCCCGUGUCGCCCCCCGAUCGCCGGGGCAUGGUACCGCUGGCCGUCCCACUCACGCGAAACCCAGCCACUGGCACCGUGACGGCGCUGCUCCGCUGGCCCACCGCUCCCCCGGGGUAAGAGUAUCAGCAAUGUGGUUGAAGGGUCUCAUCACUCCCUCCCCAUACACCCACCCCAUGUCUGCCGCCAUGUUUUUCCCACUUCCUCCCGCCCCUCCCCAACCCAUCUACACCCAUCCCCCACAGGCGGACGAGUACAUUCAGAGGGCGCUCGUGGAGGAGGACGUGGGGGGGCGGGAGGGCAGCGCGGAGGGGGACUCGGGGAGGGUGGGGGAAGCGGCGGGGGAGGAGGGGCGCAGGCUGUAUUCGCGUGGGGACUUUGCAGCGGCCAAGGCCAAGUCCCUUGACGCCUAUCUGACCACCAAGGUGGGCAUGUUCCCGGACGUCCUUGAGAGGCUUGCUCUGCGGCACCUGGAGCAGGGCGACCAGGUGUCAGCGCUGGUGGCGGGGGAGUUCUAUGCGCGCAAGCACUUCCCAGGCUUCGCACAUCCCUUCACAUUCAACGCACAGCUGCUGCUCAGAGUGGGGAGGCCAACAGAGGCGAGGGAUGCGGCGCGGAUCGCUCUCAAGUCGCCCUGGUGGACCCUGGGGGCGUCGUACCAGGAGGUGGCGGAGCUGGCGGGGUACGGGGACUCGCAACUGGAGUAUGCGUUGGAGCGGCUGACAGAGGAGGGCAGGAAGGAGGAUGUCAACAAGGGCAAGGCGGAGGCGCAGGUGGCAUUGGACCAGGCAGCCUUUCUGCUGGACGUGGCAGCAGCAGAGGGCACGUGGGAUGAGACGCGUGAGCAGCUGGCAGGGCUGUACCGGGAAGCAGGGCUGGAGGAGAUGGCCUCGUUUGUCCUCGCUGGACCGCCAACCUCAACAUAG